CAAACAGCAGAGCAACACAGCAGCUGAACCAAGAAAAGGAAAAGUAGAGGAGAGACGCAAUUGAGCAAAAGAAGAACGAGAAAAAAACCCACUUUCUUUACUUUCAUACAGUACUUCAGGCUUAAUCGGAUAGCUUUCUGAAGGACAUUCUUAGCCUUUAGUUUUAAUUAUUGCAGAAUUUGUAAAAGUCAACAUGAAGAGCAGCAAAGUCAUUGUCACCUCUAUCGUGGUGCUCCUGGCCUUCCUGGCCAUCAGUGAAGGGAUGAGUUUGAGGAGCCUGGGUGUAGAGCUCCAUUGCCGCUGCAUCCAGACAGAGAGCAAACCCAUUGGCCGCCACAUUGCCAAGGUGGAGCUGAUUCCUGCCAACUCCCACUGUGAAGAGACUGAGAUCAUUGCCACUCUGAAGAAGACAGGCCAAGAGGUUUGCCUGGACCCAGAGGCUCCCUGGGUGAAGAAAGUGAUUCAGAAGAUCCUGUCCAACAAAAGACGUUGAACAGACUGGGAGAGAUGUGUUUAUUGAGUGUGAUGGACUUACUGCAAAGACAAAUGAAAUGUCCCAAAAAGUAUUUUUUUUGACAAGAUGAUGAAGCCAUCCCACUGUCCUGAUCAGCUGUUGAAAAUGACAACAACUUUUACCCACUAAGUUUAUGUUUGUAUCAAACAUGUAAUUUAUUUAACAAGUAUGUUCUUAUUUAUAUGUCACUAGUGUUUGCAUAACUGUUAUCUUCUAUAACUUUGUGUUAUUUUCAUAUUUAUUGAUGUAUUUAUGGAAUGUAAGUGCAUCUUGGUUAAAUUAUUCAGCUCUGCUGAAUACCUAUUGUUUAAUAAAAAAAGUUUAAAUGAAAUUGAAA